CGAUAAAACGUAUCCUGAAAACUUUUAUGUGGGAAUGACAAGUGAAAUUGUAUCUAGCUUGAAGUUAUACAGUGGUAUAAUUGUGUUCGUUAACGACGUCGAAUCAUGUUUCGCGACUUGUUUAACUUUUACAAUGGGAGUUUCGGCCAUGAUUUUGUGCUUUCAAGGAGUGAUGAUAGUAGCAAGAAUUGAUGAACUUGAUUUCUUCAUGCGAUUCGCGACGAAUUUUUUGGCUCAAGCUGUUCGUCUUUUUUACAACUGUUAUACUGGACAACUGCUAAUGAAUUCUAGUGAAGUUGUUUCGAAUUACAUGUUAGUAAUUUUGGUAACAAUUCUAAAAUUAAAUUAUUUCUCCGUCGAGAUUAGGUUUGAUAAAACUAUUAACAAAGGGUGGUUUUAA